AUGUCUCAGGAGAAGUACCAUUGGGUCGCAGCCGGAGAGUCGGCGCCGGCGAGGCAUGAGUCCAUGUGGACUCUGGCGGAGGACCACGUGUUUGAGGAAGCCAUUCUGCUGAUUCCAGCGGGAACGCCGCGCCGGUGGGAGACGAUCGCCGGCUUACUCCCUGGAAAGUCGCCCAUGGAAGUGAAGGAACACUACGAUGUAGUGAUUCGCACUUGGAGAGAGACGGACGCGGCCAAAAGAGUCGAGCCGCCGAGUUACGCGACCGAGUCGCUGCCUACUUACGUGACCGAGUCGGCGGCAAUGCUGGACUCGAUGCCGGCGCUCUCUCAGAUUUCGGUCGAGGCCAAGCCGGAGCAGGGCGAGGAUCGGUGGAAGAAAAGGACUCCAUGGACCGAAGAAGUGAUGGGUGGAGAGGAGCACUCAGCCACUGGUUGUGGCUGA